AUGCCUGCCCUCGACAUCCCCUCACCCGCGAAGGCCAGGAAUGACUCAACCACAUCGACCAUAUCGCCGCUGCAGAUGCCGCCCGGAGCAGUCCCUGCCCCCUCCCCACAGCAGCCUGCCGUCGAGCAGAAGCCUCCGCAGACGCCAUAUGCGGGGAGCGGACAGCCCAGCAGCUAUGCCCCAGACUCGCCGCCCCGCCCACCAGUGUCGCCCAUAACGCCCGUCGCGACAAUCGCACAGCUGGCGCCCACCGACCCGGCCGACCGCGUGGUUCCUCCGCCCGCCGUCGAGUUCAUCGCCCAGCCGCCCAGCAAGCCCUUCAGCGAGAGCGAGAACACGGAUGCCAUCGCGCUGCGCUCCGCCAUUGCGCUGCUGCAGAUCCAGCGCGACAAGAGCAAGCGCGACAUCCAGACGCUCGAGAAGAUCAAGAACGCCGCCGUCGCCGAGCCCGAAGCUUUUGUUGAGGAGCUCAAGUCGGGCCGCCUCAGGCCCAAGCAUGCGAAGAACGACCUCCUAGGCCCCACGCUCAAUGGCAGUCUGGACAGCGACAGCGAUGACGAGGCCCGCUCACCACGCACCGCGGCGCCUCCACCGCCUCGAUUCGGCCCCGUUCCCGAGCCGCAGAACGUCUUCCGCUGCCCACCCAUCAACUGGGCCAAAUACCACGUCGUGGGCGAGUCGCUGGACAAGCUGCACGCCGAGCAGCAGAAGCGGCCCUCGUCCGGAGCGCCUGGGCAGGCGCGGGCUCCAGUCCAUGUCAUGGCUGCCCCGUACUCUCCCUUCACCGACCAUAUCGGCUCCCAGCAGCCGGUGCACGCGCAGACGCGGCGGACGUCGAAGAAGCCUGGCUGA